CUUAUACCCUUGUCGACAACCGCCCUGCUCCUCCUUCCUCCUCAACGACGAUUACCUUCUUAUUCCUCCGCCGAGCUCGGUAGCAGCAUAGGUGGGCAGCGGCGGAGCAAACCCAACAGCAAGAGAGCGACGGGGCGCGGGACUGGCCUCCACCAUCAACAUCGACGAGCAUCCUUCUUCUUCCUCCAUCUCGGGAGCGGCAGAGGUGCGCGGCGGCAGGCGAUGACAAAACCCAGAAUUAGCAGGUGGUCGGCGGCUUCUUUCUGCUUCUUCCUCCUACGGUUUGGUAGCUUCAGCGGCGGAAACAACAGGAGGAGACUGUCUGUUCGUUUCUUCUACACACUAGACGGGUGGUCAACCCACUUCUCUCGCUGCCGGACGGGUCGCUUCACCUCUUCUCCCCUUGUUAGACGGAGCCCGCCCCAACCUUCGUCAGACGUGAAAUAGAGGUGGCGGCAGGCGGCAGCGACAUUGGGCGGUGCAGAAUCAAAAGUGGCGGCGGGGACGAGCAUCUACAUCUUCUUCGUCCUCGAGCGGCGUCGCGGCAUCAGAGGUGGCAUGCGGGGCGGAUUAGGGCGAAACAUUGAUUAGGGAUUAGAAUAAAUUGGGGGCAAAUUUGUCUGUACAGUAAGAUUAGGGCGUUAUAUUUUAAAAAGUGAGGGACGUUAAAUAGGAAUUCAGUUAGUGAAAGAGUUCCCACUUCCUCAAUCCCACUACAAGUCUACAACUACAAGAACUAAAAAUUGAAAAAAGAGAAAAACAUAGUCUGUCCCCUCUCUUUCUGCCAAAUCCUUCUCCAUACUCUUUCCUCUCCAAUCACAUCACUCACUCCCAAUUUUCAUACAGUCAACAAUCAUCUCUCUCCAUCUCUCAAGUCUGCUGAAACAGAACAGCUCCCUUGCCUCUCACCCUUUCUUAUCUAUUCCCUACAAAAAUCAAGCGGCCACAUCCAAUUCUCGCUUCCUCUUCCGGUUUGAGAUGCUGAGGAAGAGCACGUCGGCGACGCUUUGGCGAUGAUGACGACAUUCAAUUGGGAAAAGCUGUGCCGGCAGCAAAAGGAGAAGCUCUAGCUUCAAUGUGCUUUGGCCAUUGGUAGACAAGCCACCAAGAAUACCGUCUACGAGGAAGCGCCUCUACCGGCCGUCAUUACUCAAUCAGAACUGCAGGUCAGUUGGUCGUCAGCCCUAAUUACGGCGAGGGGAGAUAAAGAGAGGUACGUCGGUCAAAAAAUCGGGUGCAAUACCCAGCUAGCUUGAUCAAUCUUUUGUCUCAACUGGAUAAACUUUUCCAACACGGUGGUUGCCGGUUCCAUUUUGCAGUGCGACAAGGAUGAAAGCAUAAAAAAUGAGCUUUUGACUACUUGAGCAGGGCCUUUAUGAAGCGGGAAUCAGAUGAGGAGCUCAGAAUCCCAUGAACAGGCAUGCUUUGGUCUUUCUCUGCUUUCGUUCUUGGUUCCUUUAUGGUUCUCGGUUCUAUUGCCUUCCAUCUCCAACGACUGCUUUGUACCUUGACAUGCCAAUGUUCUUGCAUUGUUGUUCCUUCAUGGGUUUUCUACCAAACAAACUUCCUACUCCAAACCCAUCACGAUGAGGAGGAAGAAGGUCACCAUCAUCAGCCUCCAAAUUCUCUCAAACCAAUUCUCCAUUCCUGCACUGCAGGGCUUCUACGGGAUGACAUUAUUCCUAGGGAAGAGAUCCAUGACAUGUUCAGGGAUUGUUAGAAAAUGGUUAUAAUGGUGGGGAUCAGGUUGAUGGGCUGUCAGAUGAUGGGUCACAGGUAGGGAAGAAGAGGAGGCUGAACAUGGAACAAGUGAAGACAUCUGAGAAGAACUAUGAGUUGGGGAACAAGCUUGAACCAGAGGGGGAAAUGCAGUUGGUUGGAGCUCUUGAGCUGCAGCCUAGGCAAAUUGCUAUUUGGUUCCAGAACAGGGGAGCCUGGUGGGAGACCAAGCAGGUUAUAACAUUUUUUAAAAGAUCAGUAGAGCUAUGAAGUUUGGAUUUUAAAUUUGUGAGUUUGUUUAUUUGCUGUUUUUAGUUUAUACUCAAUUUUAAUAAACCAAACUGCCUUUUGUCAGCAAUCAUUAACGCCCCCCAUAUUAUAUCACUCUCACAAAUCACCCUCACCCUCAAAACAUCAAGAAAUUACACAACACAUGAUAGGUCGUUGACAAUCUCUUCUACAUUCAUUUCUUACUAGCAUUGGGCCCGGCCCGUUGGCCGGGGUUCUUUUUGGAAUUUGAAGAACACAAGGAUGAUUAAAAAGAAUAAUUUGCAACUAAUGGUUCAACUUAAUCGAAGUUUCAGCUUAUGAGAUUCUAUUUCAAAAUUAAAAAAACUCAAAUUGCAGCUAUAUAAAAGCACUAUCAGCUGAUAAAAACAUACAUUUUACUUGUCACUGAUAAAAAAUUCACUAUAAUAAAGAAAUUGAUCAAAAAGUUGCUUAGAAAUGAUUAAAUUAUAACAAAAUCCAUUUUUGCAAAUUGGAAGCAUUAAUGAACGAAUACAAAAAAAGGGCAAUAAGCACAGAUACACUUGCUAGAGUGAAGAAAACAGCAUAGUUUAAACUGACACAAAAAGAUUGCAGGCAAAGAACUUGAGUUGUCAGUGAAUUAGUGGUAGGAAGUAAUAAAUCAAAUCCAAUCUGGAAUCAAUAGAAUCUUAUUUUGCUCAUCUCUUGUCUGUAAGUACUUCUACAAUUUUUCUAUGACAGGCAAAGAACUUGCAUAUUGUCCUCAAUACAAACUGACACAAAAGAGGAAGAUCCAUAAGAAAAACUGAGUUUCAAUAGGAAUCUGAAUAAAAAAAAUUAACUAAACAUCUCAUAGAUAAAACCAUAAUACUAAACAGAAUCUCAUAUGGUGGCCCUCAACCAAAGUUUUAAGCAAUACAACUUCUCCUCGUCAGGGUCACAAUCGAGAGCAUGUUUCCUUUUUAGCCAGGUCAAGGUUGCCCCUCCAAGGUCCUGAGGACUUGGAGUCUUGAUGAGUUGUUGCAAUCAAAUUUUAGCUAUAAUGGAGAUUUAAACUAUGUAAUUAAAUUCUAGACACCACUCUAAAAAAGCCUGUUGUCCUACUCAUACCCAUCCCACUCAUGUAGGCGCACAUCACAAAACCUAGAACUAAUGAUACUAAAUUUCAUGACAACCAUAGAUAAGCAAGAGGCAAAGAGUGAAAUACUUGAGACUGAAACAAAACGCAUUCGAUAGUCGUACCACCAAAAUAAACUUCCUUCUCCUCCUAGCUAAAGUAGCAAAUGCAAGUGAGGCAAGCUUGGAACUUGCUAAUAACUAUUAAUAAGAAGCAAAACAGGUAAAAAUAACUGCAAAUUCAUAUCAAUUACAUGCAAUAUUCAACUUUACUUACCAUCCUCAAGAUGCACCCUUUUCGCAUCGACUUCAGCAAGGGUUGGACCUUCAGGGAGGCACAAAUUGCCCUUCAUUUCCCUAUCAAAAAUAAAAUGAAACACAUAAAUGAAA